CUGGCGACACACCUAGCGCCAUAGUGCGUGCCGGUCGCCGUGGCGAGAGAGACGUCAGGCUGUGACCUGCGGAGUGCCAUUCAUUUACAAAUACAAACACGUCGAAAUGAGAGCAAUCAGUUUCGUCGUUGUCCUUGCAGUGGCAUCCAUCUGCGAGUCUGCGACUCCUAAUCUCCGGUUCGCAUGGAAACAGAUAGACUACACAUGGAACUCUACAGUAGACCGUGAAAAUGCUCUCAAGGACGGAUCGUUCGUGCCGGAUAAUAAUCUCCCACUUGGUUUAGCACGGUGGAAAAACAAAUUAUUUAUUACUGUCCCCCGAUGGAAGAAUGGAGUCGUGUCUUCGCUGAACUACAUAGAUGUAGACGGUGCCCAAGAUCAGCUGUACAAACCGUACCCUUCGUUUGAGGACAACUUCAUUGGUGACUCCACAACAGAUCUGCCGUCGAACAACAGCAUCGUAUCUGUCUUCCGAGUUAGCGUGGAUCCUUGUGACAGGCUAUGGGUUAUGGACACAGGGCUAGCAGACAUUUCAGGUGUCGGAAACCAAGUUGCUGGGCCUUCGAUCGUGAUAUUCGACUUGAACACCGACCGGCUGAUCCACAGAUAUUUCUUCAAAGUGAGCGAUAUGAAAGCGGACUCGUUUUUUGCCAACAUUGUGGUAGACACAGACAAGAACAGUUGCUAUAAUGCCUUCGCCUACGUUCCCGACUUGGGCGACUACGGCGUUGUGGUGUACAGUCUGAAACAAGAUGAUUCCUGGAGGGUGUCCCACCAUUACUUCUACUUCGAACCCCUGGCUGGCUCUUACAAUGUCGGAGGCGUGGAGUUCCACUGGACUGAUGGAGUCUUCAGCUUGGCACUCUCAGAGCCUAAAGAGAAUGGCUACCGAACAGUGUUCUUCCACGCUCUAUCCAGUACAAAGGAGUUCUGCGUGUCGAGUGAACUCCUGCGCAAUUACCCGCAAAUCAACAAAAAUGAAGCAUUCCAUGACUUCAAGCUGCUUGGAGACAGAGGUGAACGCACGCAGUCAUCAGCUAGCGUCUACGAUGCUAACAACACCGUGCUAUUUUAUACUCAGGUGAACCGCGAUGGUAUCGGCUGCUGGAACUCCAACAAGCCCUACACUCCUGAAAACAACCCCCUUAUCAUCUCUGACCCAGUUCUCUACGAGUUCCCCAAUGAUUUGAAGAUCGACAAUGAAGACAACCUGUGGAUCUUGAGUGACAGAAUGCCGAGGUUCAUCUACAAGUCCCUGGACCCCAACGAGGUCAACUACAGGAUAUUCAGCAUCAGCACCGCGGACGCCAUUGCCGGCACCGCUUGCCAAUAAAUUAAUCAUUAAUUUUACGAUUUCUACGGAAAUCCUUCCUUAGGCCUAUUACGUAACUGCUGACUAGUUGCCCCAGUCACUUUCAAGUACAAUUUUUCUCACAAAUUCUCUAGUUUUAAUAAUUUUGUAGAGCAACCAGUUUAGAGCGAGUUGCGUAACUGGUCAUUUAUUUAUUAAUUCCAGUUGACCAUCUGAUCAUAUUUUUUAUUGCUCACCUACUUAUUCUAACAAGUAGGUAGGUAACAUAAAUCUGUUUAAUAGCAUCACGUCAUUUGUUUUUUUUUAACAAACUGCUAAUAAUAGUUUUAUGUGCCUUUUUCCUGUGAUGCGGAUUUUGGCACGCAUGCGGAUCUGGUCCGCGUGCAUGUAAAAUCACGCAGCUGGUGUGCGCAGGGCAAAGAUUUCGUAUUGUGUUCCCGCAGCCAAUCCGCAUUCCGCGUGCGUGUAGCCCCGUAAUAGGAGAAACAUGUAUGAAAUUAUGAAAUACGGGCCUUCCGCAUGCGGAUUAAAUUCGCACGCGUGCCGAAAUCCGCAUCACUGAAGAAAACUCUAAGACAAUAAGUAUUGUUGUUCAGUGAUAGAAAUUAGAAAAUAUAAAAAGGUAAUCAGUUUACUACGGGAAGUACUGAUCCUGAAUACUGAUGAUAACUACUUAUAAUAUCUAAUUUAAAUUCUUAUAGAAAUGACAAUGAAGAAAUGAGAGUUUUUAAAUGCAGCUUAGGUGCAAAAUUAGGUAAGUAGAUCUCGCUAAAAUAAGUUGGUUAUGUGUACCUGUAAAAGAAAUCAUAAGUGCCUAUGUACAACAAGUGGACUCAAAGAAGAUAGGUAUUGUGUUACGAAGUUAUCGUAAUUUAUUUUUACCAAAAUAUUUUUAAUCGCAUCUUGGUUAGUUUCAAAGUAUUUAUAAAUUAUCAAAAGCUCAUUCAAAUAGUUAUAGCAUUUAAUUAAGAGGAAAGAAAGAUUAAUAGUAGACCACAAGUUCAUGUUAUAUCAACUUUAGACAAUAGUAGGA